ACUUUCGCAAAUAUAAACAAAUCCAAUGCAGCUAAAAGGUUAUUGAAUUGCAUUUUGGCGGUAAACAUUAAAAAUUUAAUUGAAAUAUUUUAGUUUUGUUUGUUAAUUUCUUCUAAAACUAUGGAAGAUUUAAAAAUAACUUCCCUCGCAACCUUAGGACCUUUUAUAGCAUCCAAAAACAAUGCAAAAAAUACAGUUUUUAUAUCAGAUAUUCCACAAAUUUGCAAAGACGAACCAUGCGUGUUGGGAGUUGAUGAAGCUGGACGUGGUCCAGUUCUUGGACCAAUGGUCUAUGGAAUCUCCUUUUGUCCCAUUUCGAAAAAAGAAGCACUCGUCGAAUUAGGCUGUGCUGAUUCCAAACAAUUGACUGAAGAAAAGCGCGAUGUAAUUUUUGAUGAUAUGAAUACCAAAGAAUUUGCAAACUCCUGCAUUGGCUGGGCAGUAGAAAUAAUAUCACCCAAUGUCAUUAGCAAUAGCAUGUAUCGGCGUGCCAAGUGUUCACUCAAUGAAGUGUCCAUGAAUUCAGCCAUCGGGCUAAUUCAUAAAGCAAUCGAUGCUGGUGUCAACAUUGCUGAAGUCUAUGUCGAUACUGUUGGCCCGCCAGAAAAAUAUCAAGAUAAAUUAAAGAAAAUAUUCCCCGAUUUCGAGAUUACUGUAGCAAAAAAAGCUGAUUCAACUUAUCCCAUAGUAUCAGCAGCUAGUAUAUGUGCUAAAGUAACAAGAGAUCAUGCAUUGAAAGUUUGGACUUUCCCCGAAGGUCUUAAGUUGACUUCAAAAGAUUUUGGAAGUGGCUAUCCGGGUGAUCCAGUUACAAAGAAAUUCCUUUCGGAAAAUAUUGAUAUUGUAUUUGGAUAUCCUCGUUUAGUUAGAUUCAGUUGGUCAACAGCUGAGAAUGCAUUGGAAGGAAAUUCAAUUAAUGUUAAGUUUGACGACCCGGAUAGUAAUAAACCUACCAAAUAUGGUGGAGGUGGUGAACCGAUUACGAAAUUUUUCAAAGGUUCCACUAAGAAUGGAGAAGUUAAGAGAGAACCAUGUAGAUUUUUUAAGGAACGAUUUUUGGAUGUUGUUACGGAAUUUUAACUAUGAUGUUACUUAUUAUGUUUUUUGAAUAAAGUUUUGUCUAUGAUAUUGAAA